AUGAAUGAUCUAAUGACAAAAUCGUUUCUAACUUAUGUGGAUUUGAAGAAACAAACCCAACUCGACAUCAAAUCAGAAGAAAGAGAUCUCGAGAUGGGGAUUCAAGAACCUGAGAUUAAUCCAUCAGAUGAAACUCAUCUUUCUAAAUUCUUCCAAGAAGUUGAAUCGAUCAAAUCCACCAUGGAAGAGAUUACUAGUCUGUUUUCUGAUUUGCAAACUUUAAAUGAAGAGACGAAAUCUGCUCACAGUGCCAAAGUUAUUCGUGGGUUAAGAGACAGAAUGGAAUCUGAUAUGGUUGCAGUACUGAGAAAGGCAAGUUUUGUUCGUGUGCGUCUUGAAUAUCUAGAAUCUUCUGCAACACACAAACAAAACACUGCUGUGGGGAGAACUCAGGUUUCAGUCACAAAUGGGCUUAAAGUUAAACUCAAAGAAAUGAUGAAUAAUUUUCAAGAGUUAAGAGAUAAGAUAGUUUCAGAUCACAAAGAGUAUCUUAAAAGAAGGUAUUACAAUGAAACAGGGGAAUAUCCGAGUGAGGAAAUGAUGGAAACAAUGGCUUCGGGAGAUGGAAAAAUGUUUGAAGUGUCUGAUGGGAAGACAGAUGUGGUUAUGGAGAAUAAAGAAAGGCAUCAAGCUGUGUUGGAUAUAAAGAGAAGUUUGAAUAAACUUCAUCAAGUGUUUCUUGAUAUGGCUGUUUUGGUGGAAACACAAGGGGAGAAAUUGGAUGAUAUUGAAGAUAAUGUGGCAAAAGCCGGAAGCUUUGUAAGUGGUGGAACAGACAGUUUGUUUUAUGCUAAGCAGUUAAAGGAUAAGCAGAGAUGUCAUUGUUGGAUGUGUUUGAUUUGGGCGUUGGUGAUAAUUAUAUUGUUGGUAUGCUUCAUUGCUAUGAUGUCUUCUUGAAACAGAGUAUCAAAUCUUUUGAAUACGUAAACGGGAAUGGAUUUUGAAAUUGGUAUUACCUAAUUCUGUGUUAGGAUAUGGGCUACUAGUUAGGUUCUUUAGGAUGUUUCAUACUUUCGUUCUUUUUUGGUGGAGACACAUUGAAGCUGAUGGCAAGAGCUGUGAGUUUUUUUACUAGUGGAACAUAUACUCUAUUAUGUGUUGAAGAGAUGAAGUAUUAGCUGAGAAGUCAAGGUUUCAGGUUUUGGUGAUAAUAAUGUCGU